UGUCGCCUCGACUAACCUAACCUCAACUUAUCAAAAAGACAUAUGGCGUUUCACGACGUUAUUCGUUCUAAAAGUUAUAUUUCUUAUCUUUGAAACAGUGCUAUGGCAAAAUAGCUUGCAAAAUAAUGAUCAUUCGUUUAGUCCUUCUACGACGGUUUAAGUGUAUAAAUCUAUAUUCUGGUGUAAAAAACAUUCCACCGAUUUGAAGACGUUCUAUAGUCUGACAGGUUUUAGAAUUAAUUGAGUUAAGAACGGAAUAAAAGUAGCUUACUCUUCACGUAACAAACCAAUUCGUAUUAUCUAAGUUUAUAUUUUGGCCUAAUCAAACUACUCGCGACAUUCCAUUAAUAUCGCAAAUGGCUCAAGUAAAUCAGAUUCGUGUUUCUUCUAUGGCUGAACUUAUUAAAAAAUCGCAUGUGGAUUUAAGAGGAAAGAAACCAAAAGAUGUUUUUGACAGGUUGGUGUUGUUGCGCUCUAACGGCGAUGCCGCUUUGAAAGAGCACCAAGAUGAAAAAGCAUAUAUAUAUUUUAAGCGAUGGCAAAGCAGUGUCGACUUUAUCAAAAAUUCUGAAAAGAAUGGUAAACAGUUCCUUUCUCUUCUGAUAGCCGAAAAUCAGAUAGAUGAAGUAAAAAAAAUACUUCAGAAAUUAAAUGAAGUUUUGUCGUCCCGGUUUGAAAAUGGGAAAAAGCCGCUUGGCGGAUUGCAUGAUUCAAAAACCAAGAACAAUUCACUUUCACCUGAUAGUUCUUCUAUUGAUGCCCCAUUGUUAUUGCCUGAAACACCACCCGAUGAUCCAAUCAUUGAAGAACGGGGGGAAAUAACGUGCAUGGAGCUUUUCCAGCUCUUGAAAUCUUCGGAGAAUAAAGUUCUUCUCAUUGAUGUCAGGCCGCAAAAAGAAUACGCAGAGUCUCAUAUAAAGAACGAAAGAUGCAUACACAUUCCUCCUGAAGAUAUAAACCACGGAAUAUUGUGUACCUUUUUUGAUAAAUAUUUCAAAGCAAAUAUUGACAAUCGAUCCCGGAAAUUAUUUGAAGAUCGCAAAAACGUAGAUGUGACAGUUCUUUUAGACUGGAAGUCGACCCUCGAUUCCUUGAAAGGAGACGAUUGUUUGAGUGUCAUGAAAGAUCUUUUGAUCAAGUGGGACCCAGGUGUAAAGCACAAAAGAAUAGCUAUUUUACAAGGCGGUUACUCUGAAUGGCUGAACCUUUAUCCACAAUUUGUUACCAAUCCUGACGUGAAGCUACCGAAUAGUCAGGAAAAUUCGCUCAACGAAAUUCUAGAUGAUUUUGAAUUUCCGCAAAUAGACGAUGACAUCCUAAGUUCAAAUAAAACUGGAAAUAAAGUAGUUUCACUUGUAAACCCGAACAUUUUGAAGGAACAUCGUGCCGUUAAGGAUCAUUCAACGACAUUCGAACCAGUUGAUAAUAAGGCAUAUGAUGCUGGGGGCAGGUGGAGGUCAUCGGAAUCGCUCCACGAUCAAAAGCCUGUGAAUCCUUUCUUGAUAGAGAAUGGUACCCCCGAGAGAACGCAUGUUAAGAAAAAGGAUACUGUUCAGCCUAAAAUUCUCUUUAACAAGGCAGCUGAUGUGCAGAAACCAGCAUUUGAUCGCAGUAAUAAACCUGUUUUGUUAGUCCAAGAAAACGCUGAGACGAAGGUACUUGCAGUCAUGGAAGAGCUCUAUCAAGUUCGGAAAGCCCGAGACGAUUUGGACAGAAAAAUGUUAAAUUUGGAAAGAAGUUUUCUGGACGCGCGACUCAAUGGCGACAAGAUAACUGAAGAUAUAGCUCAAAGCAAAUUGUUUUCACAUAAGGAAGAUUUAAAAGAACUGGACGAAAAACGUACUAAGCUUGAAAAUGAUCUGAAACCGAUAAAUGUUACAAAAGAAUCAGCACUGAAGUACGUGAAUGACGAACUGCAACGACGUUUUGGGUACACAGAGUUACAUAAAAAAUCCAUCUCAAUUGAACGAAAAAAGCUUUUCGAAAAAUUUGAGGCAGAAAAAAACGAGAAACUUUCCAUUUCCAAAAAGGAUGAGAGCGAUAUUCACAAGGAACCUUUAAAGGAUAGCACUAACACAAAUACUAGUCUCAAACGCUCACAUUCUAGUCCAAAUCUCGUCCAGGUAAAGAAGUUAAAAGUACAACAUCGUGGUGAGGAUCGUAAUGUGCCAGAAGUUGAUAGAACGUCUAAGCCACACAUGACUCCAAAAGAAAAUCGAAUCAUUAAUGUAAAUAACAUUAAACGAUCGCCGAUGAGCUGGAAAGAUCGUGAAGGAAGAAUGGAACCAGUUUUCAGAGGAGAAAGUCAUCCGGGAAUCACAGGACUUAAAAAUUUGGGAAAUUCGUGUUACAUGAAUAGUAUAAUACAGUGUUUGUCAAACACGGGAAAUUUGGCAAAGUACUUUAAUGAUAACUCCUAUGUAGAAGAUCUUAACAAUAGUAACGAAAAUGGAACACAAGGUCAAGUUGCUGAGGAAGUUGCCCAUGUGAUAAAAGCUCUUUGGCGUGGGCAAUAUAAAAGUAUAUCCCCCCGUGAUCUAAAGGUAGUCAUCGGUCAGUAUAGGCUACAAUUUGAAAGUUACGAACAGCAAGAUUCGCAUGAAUUUUUGACGUUCUUAUUAGAGUGGAUGCACAAUGAUUUAAAAACGAAAGACAAAAUUACAGUCAGCGACCUUCUGACUCCUGCUGAGAAGGAAUGGAUAAAAGCAAUGAAUGGACAAAAAUCUAUAAUUUCUCGUUUGUUUUUCGGACAGUUGAGAUCGACAAUUACGUGCUCUACGUGUGGGAAAAACAGCACUACCUAUGAAACCUUCAACAGUUUGACCAUGUCUUUACCUCCUUCUACAAAGUGCACAUUAGACGAUUGUAUCAGAAAAUACGUAAGUGGCCAAAGAGUAUUUGGCUGGAAAUGUCCACAUUGCAAAACAGAAAGAGAAGCAACGAAGAAAUUUGACUUUAUUAGAUUAGCGCCCAUCGUCGUCAUACAUUUGAAUCGGUUUGGCGAAAGCGAUGGCUGGCUGGAAAAGAGAAACACCCAAGUAGAUUUCCCUUUGACGGAUUUCAAUCUCAGGCCAUAUGUAGUAAAUGACUCAAAUACCAACGUCAAUUCUAACAAUGCAGGCUACAAUUAUAGCUUAUAUGCAAUGUCAAAUCAUUAUGGAACUAUGGAGGGCGGACAUUAUACAGCAUAUUGCAAAAGUGCUCCUCAAAAUAAAUGGUAUAAAUACGAUGACCACACAGUCGCAGAAGUCUCAUCUAAUCAAGUAAAAUCGCAGAACGCCAGUGCAUAUUUACUAUUUUACACGUCUUUGCAAACUGGGCCUUACUCGUAUAUUUAGGAAGAGCUUUCGCUCUCGGAAAAACUUCAAGAGAAACGAAGUACUCUCAGUUAUCUCUAUCUCAUAGAGAGAAAGCUCAGAGGAACUUUUAAUGUUUACUUUUUCAAGUAACAAAAUGAAAAUUUGUGAUAAUAAUAUGUAUGCAUGUACAUAUUAUUACACUAAUUUCAGGCAACGAUGAAUUUUUUUUUGAAAUAAUUUUCGUUGGCCAGAAGGCCAAUCAGUAAUUUUCCAGCCAAAAAUAUUGUUUCUUAUUGCUAAUUCAAGCGAAAAUUCUUCAAAAUUCGUUAAUUUAAUCGUGCUUUGUUUGUAAAGCUUCUUAAAUGUAAUUUCGUAAUUUAUAUGAAAUUCAAAGAAAGUUAUUUUCAUACUGCGAACAGUAUUUUAUUAAUGUGUGUGUUUCGAUCAAUGAAAUGUGUAUAUUUUGAAGAGAACACCAUGUGUAUAUUUUUUGCCAAUUACAAAGAUCGAGUUGCCAUUUAGCUAAAGUAGAAAAUUUUUACAAUAAAAGGUUAAUAAUAUUUUUGUAAUUACUGUCAAGAAUUAGUGUUAUGAAAUACAGCUGAUGAUGUAAAACACUAUCGGAUUCAAUGUAAAGCUUAUGAUAUUCAAUUAUAAAUUUAUAACGUAAUUUAAGAUACAAUCGAAGGAUAAGAAAAUUCGUAGAAAGAUUUAGUCGUUUUGGCAAUGUUUAAACUUGUACCGAUUUUUUACAAAGUUGUGUAUCUGCAUAUAUUAUCUUACGCGAUUUCUCUCGAUAAGUAUUUACUCGUCGCAAUUGCUUUCUGCUUAUAAGCAAUGGGAAAAGCAAGCAAGAAUUUACAUUUCAAUCCGAUAGUCUUAGGCUUUAGAUAGAGCGAAAUUAUCAAUGGUGCUUUGUACAACGUGUAAAUAUGUAAAUAUGUAUUUAAGAGGCCAGGAUUGACCUGUAUCGAUUUAAUUAAAAGUGAGUCUACAGAGAGUUUUCACGUGCCAGUGGGUUUUAACAAUUUCAUACAAUUUUUCUAUGAAAAGAAAAAAAUUAGGGAACUAUUCAAUGCGUAGUUUUUAAGACUCCCACACGUGAACGUAUAACUGCUUUGUUGUGCAUUGAGUGGUCACCUAGUUAAUGCUUUUUUUGGCCUCGACAGGCGAUUAAACACAUACACCAAAUGCAUCGAAUUACAUUUAUCUACUCCAAAUUGGAUUUUUGUGCAUAAUCAUUAUUUCAUCAAAGUUAUUCAAACCAGCAUUUCGUAUAAUCACAUCAUUUUUAUGUUUUAGAUCUUUCUAAAUUAACAAAAUCGCACUGCUCAUGUACACCCUGCUUAUUUAAUAUAAAAUAUUGCAACAAAAAAACA